UCGAUCUCACUUACCCCCCGUGCUCAAUGGAGCCCCCGCCCCCCGACCCCGCUUCGCCGCCGGCGACCGGCCACCCCGCCGCAGCUGAGGGCUCCUCCCCCUCCCCGGGAGGCGGCGACGGCGGGGCGGCGGAGGGCGGGUUCAGCGCGGGGCUGGAGCCGCUCUGGUCGCUCCUCUUCGGCGACCCCGCGGAGCUGGAGCCCAUGUGGUCGCCGCCCAGGGACUUCGGCGUCGGGGAGGGGUUCGCGGUCCCGGAGCCGGACGCCGACGAUGGCGACGCCGAGGGGCCCUGGGACGGCGCGCCCUGGCGCUCCACCGGGAUCGUCGCCGGCGAGGGCGCGGCCGCCAGCUUCCCGGAGUUCGAGCCCGCCGCGGAAGCUUCCACGGGAGGAGCCGCGCUCGAGGUGAGGCCGCUCGGUUAUUCCGCCCCCGAUUCUGCUUCGCCGGUGCCACCGUGCUCCCCAGCUCCGGUGCCUUUAGAGGUGCAUGCGCCCGAGCUGAUCCCCGGCUGGGAAGAGCCUGCGCCACCGCCUGCAGCGGCUUCUUCGGAAGCCAAACUAGAGGAGUGCACCCUAAACUCGGUGCCAUCGCCGCCGGCCCCGCCGGCGCCAGAUGAUAAUCCUGAUUUGGGGGCAGAGGACGGUCCCAAUGACGGGUCCUCCUCGCAGAGAAUCACCUCGGGAGCCAUGGUGAUCUUUGGUCUGACUGCGGCGGAACGUCCUGAGGUCAAUGCAGCUAGCUGCAGUAUGCCAGAUGUUGGUGGUAGAGAUGGCACGUCUCUCCGGAGGUCCCCAAGGAUUGUGGCAGCCAAGGCCAAAGCAAAUGCCGCUUCUUUGGAAUGGAAAGCAGGGCCGUCUAAAACUUCCAAGCUCCGCUUAGCGGAUUCUGGGCGGAGCACCAUCAGUGAAGGGAGCUCACUUGAGGAGACGACCACGGUUGCUCCAAUAAAGCCAGUUGACUUGCUCGAUGGGGUGAAGCAGCAAGGAUCACGAGAGGUUGUUGCAGUGCAGAGCUCCUCUAUCAAUGUUGUGGUAGCUUUACCGGUGGUGAGCAAAAGGUCCUCGAAGAACAAAGCAGUGUCUGUGUCCUCUCCAAGGAAGGCUAGAUCAGCCUCAAAGGUAUUAGCGAAUUCCAACAGGGUCUCAGCUGUUUUGCUAGCAAUGAAUUGUGGGCCUGUGAACAAAGCAGGUUCUCAUAUACCUUCUAGGAAGCGCAAGCUUGCUUCUGAGAAGUGCUUGCCCAGUUUGGAGAGAGUGGAUGCUGUGUUACAUAACUCUGGGUUAGUGAGUGCUAAUAAAGUUGAGAUGCCCCUAGAGCUCCAGGCAGCAGCAUCUCAGCCUCCAAAGGCAAAAAGGGCCAGGGUAUCCUCAGGGAAAUGCUCAUCAAACUUGAGGAGGGCAGAGAACAAUAAUACCUCAAUCUGCAAACUGCCAAUGGUCACAGUGACCUUAGAUCCAGAGGAUAAGCCUAAACUUAUAUUGGAUAAGUAUAUUACUGAUUCUGAAAUGGUUGAUAGCGAAGACGGUUCCUGUUUCUUUAUGGGUGAGGCAGUGCCUGACGAGGAGGCUAGGCAGAGGUGGCCUAACCGCUAUCAGAGCAAUCAUUGCCUUCUGAAGAAGGAUAAGUGGAGCAAUACCCAAAUGUUUUCCAAUGCUGGCAAAGCUGUCUUGGAUGUCAAAUGUCACUAUUUGCAAGCUAGUGUAUGUGGAUCUACUUUAUGUAUUGGGGAUUGUGCAUUCAUUAAGGGUCCAGAAGGAAAACCACAUUAUAUUGGCAGGUUGUUAGAAUUCUUCGAAACAAGUGCAGGUGAAUAUUACUUCAGUGUGCAGUGGUUUUUCAGAGCUGAAGACACGGUCAUGGAAGACCAAGCACAGUCUCAUGACCCAAGGAGGCUCUUUUACUCAGACCUGAAGGACGACAAUUUACUAGACUGCAUUGUUUCUAAAGUGACCAUUGUGCAAGUUUCUCCUAGUGUAAAUGAAAAGUCUCAAUCAAUUCCUUCGUUUCACUAUUACUAUGACAUGAAGUAUUCUCUGGACUAUAGUACAUUCUCUACCAUGGAAAUGGGAGGUUCAUAUGACACAUUACAGUCACAUUACACUAGUAGCAGCAACAACAAUGUGAAAAGGAUCAAUUCCACUGAAAGGCAGAAGUCUCCCACACCAGAGAUGGAGCUCUCUCUGUUAGAUCUGUACUGUGGUUGUGGGGGGAUGUCAACUGGACUUUGUUUUGGGGCUCGUGGUGGUGGUGUGAAUCUUAUAGCGAGAUGGGCUGUUGAUGGAGAUGAAGCUGCAUGUGAAAGCUUCAGACUGAAUCAUCCAGAAACUCGGGUCCGGAAUGAAACCACCGACGAUUUCCUUGAGUUGUUGAAGGAAUGGAAAAAACUAUGCAAAGCCUAUGUGAAGCUUCACAGUAAAUUAAAGUCCCAUUCCAGCGAUUUAGCACAAUCCAGUAGUGAAACUCUAGAGUGUUCUACAAUUCCUCCUGAAGAAUUCGAAGUAUGGAAGCUAGUUGAUAUUUGCUUCGGGGAUCCAAAUGGUGUCGGAAAGCGUGGCUUAUACUUUAAGGUCUGUUGGAAAGGUUAUGGCCCUAAUGAUGACACAUGGGAGCCAAUUGAAGGCUUAAAGAACUGCAAAGAGGCAAUUAGGGAUUUUGUUAUUCAAGGGCAUAAGGACAAAAUAUUACCUCUUCCUGGUGAUGCGGAUGUCGUAUGUGGGGGACCACCAUGCCAAGGCAUCAGUGGCUACAACCGCAAUAGAGAAUUUGAUGCACCAUUCAACUGUGAGAGAAACAAGCAGAUUAUUGUCUUCAUGGAUGUAAUCCAAUUUUUGAAGCCCAAAUACAUUUAUAUGGAAAAUGUCCUUGAUAUAUUGAAGUUUGCUGAUGCAACACUUGCAAGAUAUGCUUUAAGCCGGCUAGUUGCUAUGCAUUACCAAGCAAAACUCGGGAUCAUGGCUGCUGGGUGUUAUGGCCUCCCACAAUUCCGAAUGCGUGUAUUUUUGUUGGGCUGUCAUCCUAAGGAGAAAUUGCCCCCAUUUCCUCUUCCUACUCAUGAAGCAAUCGUGAAGAAUGGUUGCCCAUUGGCUUUCGAGCGCAAUUUGGUUGGGUGGCCCGAUGGCAUGCCAAUGCAACUAGAAAAACCAAUUGUUCUUGAAGAUGCUUUAUCUGAUCUUCCGGAAGUGGCGAAUGGAGAAAAACGUGAAGAAAUGCUAUAUGUAAAGGGACCUCAGACGGAAUUCCAAAGAUACAUUCGGUCAUUUAAUUCUGAAGUGCUUGGAUCCAGAGAUAAUGUCACAAAAGUUUCCAGGUCAAAAUUGUAUGACCAUCGACCAAAAGCACUAGAUGAUGAUAACUACCUAAGAGUAUUGCAGAUUCCCAAGAAAAAGGGAGCUAAUUUUAGAGACCUUCCGGGAGUCAUAGUAGGUCCAGACAACGUAGCUAGAUUAGAUCCAACUAAGGAGAGAAUACUUUUGCCUUCUGGUAAUCCUCUGGUGAUUGAUUGUGUGCUAACCUAUGAGCAUGGUAAAUCAUUAAGUGGUUCCUUUCGGUACAGACCAUAUGGUCGACUAUGGUGGGAUGAGGUAGUUGGAACCGUGCUGACAUCUCCAAAUGCUCGCGUGCAGGCCUUAAUACAUCCUGCACAAGACAGACUGCUAACCAUCCGUGAAAGCGCUCGUUUGCAAGGUUUUCCUGACAGCUUCAGGUUUCUUGGAACAGUCAAAGACAGGUAUCGCCAGAUUGGAAAUGCAGUAGCAGUACCUGUCGGCCGUGCACUUGGGUAUGCCCUGGCCAUGGCUAUUCUGAAGAAGACUGGAGAUGAUCCUCUGAUGGUGUUGCCACCCAAGUUUGCAUUCUCUCAUGAAGUGCGAGGUCUUUCGAGUCUGAACGAUCUUCAGAGUGGCAACAUCUAAUUUUUUUUUACUUGGCCCCACUCGUUAGUUUGACUGAAGACUUCAUCACCUCAGUGAUGCUCCCGUUGGAAAGCUGCUCGCACAGGGCAGCACUCAUGCUCGUGAAUAUCAAUAGGGCAUAUACUCAUUUAUCUGCGGGAGUCCGAUGGAAGGAAAUCUGGGUUCCCUAAUCUGAUAGUUUCUCCUGUCUGUUGUUCACAUAGUCUCAUUCAUUUGAUUCUCUGUUGUAAGUUGCAUCAUUCAUUGUACCAACUUAUCAGAAUACAGGUUCCCCUUCAGAGUCUUCUUGUUCAAGAGAAUGUACAUACUGUGUAAAGCUAGGUAUAUCAGGGGAACAAAAUGUUGUACUUCGUUGUAUUUGGCAGUGAGUGAACAUGAGUAUAGGAACUAGAAUGAAAUAAAUUUGUUCAAUUGAUUUGGAGUCGCAGAA